AUGUUUGUGCCACUCGCGAGUCUUAACAUGCGUAUGAAAGUGCGUUCACGAGGAGGCUUUAGUAAUAAUUUCCAAGGUUACACAAUUCUUACAACUAUGAAUGUGACAAAUAUGAGCUUAGAAACGAAUAACAAGAGUCAAAAUUGUGUGGUUAAACGUUUCAGCAGCAGCAGCAGCAACAGCAGCAACAGUGGCAGCGGCAGCGGCGGCAAUAACAGUAAGAACAAUAAUAAUAACCACAUUGACACGAAAAUGGACCCGGAGGAUAUCCGAAAAAUCCUGGAAGCUGAUAGUACCAGCGACUCAGAAGACUUCUUUAGGGGAAGUUCCGACAAUUUUCUUCCAGGUGAUUGCACUACUUCCAGUGAUAGCGAAGAUUCAGUAGACGAGGAGAAUGAGGAUGCUGAAGAGAAAUUCCUACCUAGUGGUGUCUUGAGCUCUAACAGCGGUAACGAUGAUACUGAAAGCGACAUUGAUGACGUCGCUUUGAACCCCAAAUUUUGUACCAAAACAAACUGUUUAUGGACUUCGGAACUGCACAAUAUCAAACCAUAUACCAAGACAUUCAAGUAUAGAUCAGACACGACACGAAAAAAGUAUUGGUAUUGA